AUGGCUUAUUCUGUCGUCUUCUUUGGUAGCGAUUACUUUUCGUUGGCACACAUUAUAUUUCUUACUUCGGAAGAUGGUCCCCUACGUGAUAUUUGCCGCGUCCGUCUUGUCAUCUCGGGUUCCACAGAAACGCCCGUAACAAAGCACUGUGUGAACUCCGGCAUACCCUAUCUGACAUGGCCUCGAGGCUGCAAGUCCACGUCAGCUGUUGCAGACGGCAUUAUCAAGCGCAUCAAUGCCCUCUCAGCCGAAUUAGGUGACGAGAGCAGCAGCAGUCGCCUCUUGGGCAUCGUGGCCUCCUUCGGUCGCUACCUGCCCGGACGU